UAAUUAAUUUAAUUAUUGCUAAUUAAUUGAUUUCUAAUUAUAGAAGACAACGCUUGGCUUGAGUCGUUAGAAGUAGAUGGUGAUGGAAACGUUUGUGUUCCGGAAGAUAAUAAACACAAGAAAAACCUGAGGGCUCGCAAACGAGAAUCCAGUAAGGAAGGUAAAGAGCUAUCCAGUGAAAUAAAAAAGAGAAAACUCAAACGAGAUUUGAAGCUAGCAAAGGAGCCAUCUAUUUUUGAGGAAAUAGACAAACCUCCAGCAGGCAAAACAAGAGAUGCGACUUCCUGCGAAGAAGAAAGUAAGAUCACUGAUUCAUCAUCAGAAGGUGAGACUUCUAACUCAGAUGUCACUUCAGUCUCUGAAGAUGACCAAAAAAAAAAGACAAAACCAAGGAAGUCUCACAAAUUUGAUUUUAAUGAUCCGCGUUUUAUGGGAAAUAAUUCUCGUAAAAGUGAGUCAUUUGAGAGUAAUAGUUCACAGAGGAGUUCCCAAUGUCUUAACUGUCCUUUGUGUAACUUAAAAAAUGAUGAAUUUCAACAUUACAUUGAAUUCUUGCAAGGCGUCGUCGGAUUCCUCAAAGGUCACGGUUGUUCUUCAUCUUCAUCCUCUAAAACGUUUGUUGAAACGAACGAUUCUCCGGCAUCUUGUCCUUCAGCGAGUGGUUCUAAGAUGCCAUGGAACUUAUCGGGGCCUCGAAAGGUUGAAUUGCAUCCAAUGAGUGAUGUCUACAUUGAAUCAUGCGAGUUAGAGUACCUCAAAACCAAAUACACUUAUGACUCGAAAGAAAUGUCGAGACAGAUUUUCAAGAAAGUUAUUGGGACAGACAAUCUACUAAAAAUGAGCCGCACGGGUGGAAACGGGUGGACACGGUUGCCAAAUGAUGUAUUAACUGCUGUUUACGGUUUUAUUUCAAAGAAUGCUCGGCCAAAACUGUCAGCAGCUGAAUUUGAACGGUGUGUCACCCUCAUGUUUACUUCCCUGAGACCUGGACAGCAAAAAAAGUAA